GUGCUACUGCAAUUGAGGAUAAAUUACAGGAAGGUGUUCCAGAAAUAAUUCGAAUUACUUUAAUCACUGUGAAUAAAGAAAGUCAUUGGAAAACAAAAGAAUUUUUAGAGAAAAGAAUUCAAUCGCUUAAAGGUCGAAUUAAUCUGGAUAUUGAAGAAAUUGAAGGGGUUUUUCUUGAGCUUGCAACUAUGUGCAAAGCAGUUAUAUGCUGCAGAGUGUCACCACUCCAAAAAGCAUUUGUUGUAAAACUAGUGAAACGUCAUCUUAAAGCCAUUCUUUUAGCCAUUGGUGAUGGUGCAAAUGACGCCCAAUGA